AUGGUUCAAACAUUCAACCCUGAUGAACAUUUAAAAAUAAUUAAUGAAUGUCAUAACUGUAUAUCAACACCAAAUAAUGAAGAUUUAAGACAAUCGCUUUUAAAUAAAAUCCUACCUCAAACAAAGCUUCUUAAUGGUUGGUUACCUUAUUUACAGCAAAUAACAGACUCCCAGCGAACAGUUUUAAAAACAAUGGCACAUCAAAAUAUUCAAGCAAGGGAUUUAUUGGCUAAAUACAACGAAUUAUUGGCAAAUAAGAAUGCUGAAAGUUCAAAUUCCGACCAAAAAUCAAGUCACGAAGAUGAAGAAACCUUGCCGCAAAAAGUUGGCAAAGUAAAUGAGCAAUUUGAAUGUGAGCUCGAGAAAAUAAAUAAACAACUUUUAGAAAAUAAGAAAUUAGAUGCUCAAAUUGUUAAAAAUGAAUUAAAAAAUGCCGAGAAAAAAGCUUUAACUUUAGAGGCUGCACUUGGAGAUGCUACUAAUUUUAAGAAAAAUAACGAUACUUUUAAGGAUGUUUUAGGAUUCAUCCUUCAAAGUAUAAUAAUUUAUAAAGUAUUUUCUGCGAUAGAAAAUAUAACAUACAGAAACAAAAAUGGAAAUUUCAAUUAUUUUGAAACAGCAAUUAUGAAUUAUACUAAUGAAAUAAUUGAAUGGACCACUAAACUAUCCCAAACCCGACCUGGAAAUGAUCAUGUUACCAAGAUGACCCCUAUCAAAAUUCGACAACAAAUAUAUGAAGCUCUUGCAUUGCGUGGAUUCAACAAUUAUAAUAAUAAAUCUAUUAAUUCAAUCAGAGAUGAUAUUAUGAAUGAAAUGAACAAAUAUCGUGAAAUUCUGGACGAAGAAAAAAAAAGAAGAAUGUCACUAGGAACUGGCCCGUUCUGGUAUUAA